AAAUUAGGAAGAUAAACAAAAAGUAACAGCCAAGAGGGAUGGUCAUGCCAACAAUCAUUGUUUGAAAAUGGAGGAACGGGCACAUGUGUCGGGAGACUGCAGCAGCUUUGUUAAUUGAAUAUAUGGAAAAACGGAUGUUAUUGAUAAACUGCUUGUGAUUUUACAAACAUUUUGGUUUUACACUGGUAGUUAAUGAAAGGAAAUGUCAUGACAAAAUAGAAAACAUAUUUUUUAAUUAAACUAAACUGUGAGUUGAGUAACCAUGAACUCAGCAACAAGAGCAAAAUCCCCUUCCAAUCAUGAUCUCAAUAUAUUUUUGGAUCGACAGAUACAAAAUAAAUUACUGGAAAUUGAUGAUCAGUUGUGGUUGACUGAUUAUAUGGUUGAAUCAAAAGGAAACACUGAGUUAAAGGUGCCAAAAACUAUAAAAGUGACAAGGAAUGAUGAUGUUACUGGAUGGUUUAGCAGUUCAAAGUGUGUUCUACGCAAGCUGGAAAAAGAAAAGCCAACUCAACAACCAAUAACUUACUCAUGGAGAGAACAAACACGAUUAAAAAACUUGAUUCAAAACAGUUUUGUGUUCAAACAUUAUCCUUACCACCAAUCAUAUAUUGAACAAUAUAGAGAAGAAAAUUCUCAGUUGAGUGGAAUUAAAACAGUAGCCCAAAAAGAAUCCAAUGAACCCAGGAAAAUAGCAGUUCAAAAUACUACAAUAACAACAAGUGCACAAAACAAUACGACUGCAUCAGGAAAUAUAUAUUCUCAGAAUUCUGGUCAGAAUAUAUGCAGUCAUUGCAAUCAACCAUAUACUGUGUCAACAUCACAGCCUCUUAUUACUGCAGCCUUUAGUUACACACGUAGAGAAACUACCUCCCUCUCAAAUGGUGCUUGUAAAUGUACUCAAUCUACUUCAAACCCCAUCCCUCAUUCAUCAGGUUCUCAUACCUGCACUAAACACAAUCAUCACCAACACAAAGAUGUUGCUAGUUUAGCCUAUAAGUAUAAACUUUCCAAGGAAGCAUUGAUGCACAAUAUUGCAUGGAGAUCAGAAUCUGAAAAUUCAAGUGAGCAUGAAAAAGACUCAUUUAAAACACCUAGAGUAGCAUCUGGAAAAAGAUCAGCUGGAAAAGCACCUACUAAAGUUACUGUGCCCUCUUUACCAAAUGGUCACAAUAAAAAUAUUCAAACAGUUACUGUAAUGAAUCUACAAAAGAGCCAACAGGUUUCUCAGGGAAAGCCUAGUGGUGAUGGUCUUUCUGUAGCUACAACUCAACAGAAUUUACGUGCCUUAGAUGCUUUAAGUUGUGUUGCAGCAGAGAAACAGCGUAAGACACGUCCAUACAGCACAGUACAAGUACGAGCACUCGGUCACAUUCUGAUGGACACAAUCAAGGGAGUGGGUAUAAAACGACCAGACUCUAGUCUCAUGUACACUGCUGUGGAUUUUUCACGAUCCAAAAGUGAAAUGUGGUUUGAUACAGCGGGCAGGGCAUAUGUCAGUUUAGCUGCUAGAUAUGACCCUCUUAAAAAAUGACCAGCUGUCUUCUCCUCCAAGAGUAAAUUAUACUGAUCCUUAAUUCUGAUCAUCCUAACAUGGAUGGAUUAACUUGGCUAGAGAAGAUGGAGUUGUUAAGAUCAGUCAAAAGAAAGAAAGAGAAGUCUAAACAACAGAAACAACCAAAGUUCACCUUUGUCAAGGACAUACCUCCUGAGGACAAGCAUCAGAGACUGAUAGGUAACAAAGGUUCUCCUUCACCUGAUAAUAUGACCUCUCUGGGGGCACAGGGACAAACAAACUCACAGCUGUUUGAACAGAGACGAAUUAAACAUCUUCUCCAACAGGCUAGGCUUAAGAGAAAUGCAAAUUUUGAUUGGUUAACAGAAAGUCCACGGUUUCGUCAUUCUCAGAGCAGCUCUAAAGAUGACUCGGAUGAUUCAUCGGUGUCUGAUAUUGAGGAAGAGCAUUUACGGACAAAGUCACCAAAAUGUUUUAGUCCAGGGAUGGAUGUAGGCCAUGCAGAAAGCACCUUGUUGAGUAGAUAUAACAUCAAACCUUUUGUUAAAGGAGGGGGAGGAUGGAAAGUUACACCUAUGACCAUGCAAAGAGCUAGGACAAUUGUUUAUGAUGAUUGAUUAUGUUAUGAAAAUGCAUUAGUAUCAAAAUCAAAAAGUUUUCACUCAACCAAAUAUUUGUAAAGCUGCUUAGUUCAUUUCACAUAAAAGUAAUUUAAUCAUGUUUAAGUUUUGACAGUUUUUGUUUUACAAGAAUUAACUGUAAAAUAAAUCUGAUUAGUUACAAUUUUUUUCAAAUUGAAAAUGCAUAUUCAAUUUUUAUUUUUAAAUAAAAAACUGUUUAAGAAUGUGUUAUAAUACCAAAGAAUCUUUUUUCUUUAUAUAUUUAUUAACAGUGCUUAUGUUGGGGUAAAAUAGUGCCAAAGCUUUAUACAAUCUAUAUAAUUUAUUUAUAUUUAGGUUAUGAAUAUUAAUUACAUUAUAUAUGAGAAAAUCUUUUAUUAAUUAACAUUUAAAGGCAAGUAAAUACAUUUCUUGUGAUCAUGUAAAAGGAAAUAACUCCAUUGUGGUCAUGUAAGGGGAAGUAAAUCCAUUUCUUGUGAUCAUGUAAGGGGAAAUAUCUCCAUUGUGGUCAUGUAAGGAGAAGUAAAUCCAUUUCGUGUGAUCAUGUAAGGGGAAAUAACUCCAUUGUGAUCAGAAGUAAAUCCAAUUAUUGUGAUCAUGUAAGGGGAAAUAACUCCAUUGUGAUCAGAAGUAAAUCCAAUUAUUGUGAUCAUGUAAGGGGAAAUAACUCCAUUGUGAUCAGAAGUAAAUCCAAUUAUUGUGAUCAUGUAAGGGGGAAUAACUCCAUUGUGAUCAGAAGUAAAUCCAAUUAUUGUGAUCAUGUAAGGGGGAAUAGCUUAAUUUCUUGCACUUCUUGAUGCUUACAUUUUAAAAUAUUACAUUUAAAAGACAAUUUUGUUUUUUUCAUAAGAUAUAAGGAAAAGUGAAUGUAUUGAUGUUACCCCCAAACUGCCUUACAAUUUAUUGUAGAAGUAUUAAUAUUCUCCACAGUGUUAACUUGGAACUAUAUAACCUCUAAAAUUCACUAUACCUUUGUGUUUGUGGAAAAGUAUAUUAAUUCUUACAUUCUUUUUUCUUUUACUGUUUAUAUGCUGAAUUUUAUAUUUAUUUGAAAAAUCAUCUGUCAUUCUACUUUCUCUUUGUGCUAGGAACAAAAUUGAUAUGUUUUCACAAUAUUUUCAUUGCCACAUUAUUUUGUCCAUAAUGUUCUUAUUACCAAUUUUAGUUUAUUGAAAGACCUUUUGUCUGAUUUUAAAAAUAUACCUUAAAUUGUUAUAAUAUUCGAAUUAGCUCUCGCCGCGAUAUAGCCUUUCUGUGCUAAUGCGGCGUAAAGCAAACAACAAUCAAUCAAUCUUAUUACCAGUGCUAGUUCCUAGUGAAGAACAAAAUAUUGAUAUGCAUUAUUGGUGGAUAUAUUAUGCUCCAUUAUGAUACAUGCAAAGUUUUGGAAUGUUUUGAAAAGUUUGGAUGGCCCAAGCCAUUUACACAUUUAGUAAAAAGAUAUUGAAAAUUAUAAAAUUAACAGUACCAAUUUUUACUGCACCAGAAGUGUGGUACUGUAUGCAAAUCAGUUACACAAGUUAUGGAGAAACUGUACCAAAAUUUGUUUAUUUAUAUUGUUAAGAUUUUGAAUAGGCUUGAAUUUUUAUAGUACAUAAUAUUUAUUUAUUUAUUUUGUUAAAAGAAUUGUGUUAGUAUUGAAACAUUGCCCUUUGUCCACUCAUAUCUAGUUCUUUAACAAGCCUUUCUAAAAAAAAGAAGAAAUUCAUCACUUUUGCAACUUGAGCCAAAAUUUAUUUGAAGCCAAAACGAUAACCAAGGAUUUUGCAAAGUUAAAGAAAAGCCAAAACACAUUUAUUACAAAUUUAUUGUCAUAAACAAUGUUUGUGUUUACAAUUCAUUUUAAGCCACAUAACUUUAUUUAUAUUUUAAACUAAAUAAGGGAAGUUCUACCUAUGCAGGUAGAGUACAAAAUAACAUUGUUUCAAGGUUACUCUAACUUGGAUAUGAUAUCAAAAUUAUACUAUGUAAGUCUUACAUAAAUACAAAGUUCUUAGAUAUAUACUGCUUUAUUCAUCAUUUUUCAAACUGUUUUAAUUAUUGCAAUAGUAGUCAAAAUAGAUACACAAUUUUUUUUUCAUUUUUAUCUAUAAAGCUGAUAUGUUACAUUAAUUUAUGUUGUACAAGUAAUUUUAGUCUGACACUAAUGAAUUACCUCUUAAGGAUGAAAUUUGUAACUUUUCUUUUGUUCAGCAUUAGUGGUGCUGCUCUAUGAUUUGAGUAGAAUACACCAAGAGUUCUAUAUAUGAUCUAGUCUUUUUUUCAUUUCAAUAUAUUUUUAUCAAUAGACACAUACAGUCUGUGUAUGUCUAGCCAAAUCUGUAUUUCAGUGGGGUUUUUUUUUUGUUUUUUUUUAAUUGUAUUUAUAUUUUGCAUGUAUUAUACAUCAAUUUGGAAGUAGCCUGCCAUUUAUGAAAAGAAAAACCAAUAUUUCUGCAAUGUUUAGGCUCACAACAGAAAUCUUUGACGUUAAGAUUUUGCAAUUGUCAUUAAGUCAUUAGGUCAACCAUGCAGUGUAAAAUUAAGGUCAAAUGUAUCAAAGUCCCAGAACUCAAAAUUGGUAUAUGAUGUUAUCAUUAUUAGUGUCAAGUUCUAAAAAGUAAUUCAUAAAACAUGUUUGGUUGAUUGAUUUUGGAUUUUUUAUAUUAUUAUAAAAUGUUAAAUUUUUCCAUUAGACAUUAAACAAAAAAUUCAAAUGAAGAUUUUUUUUCAGAAAAUAUUUUUUAUUACCUUUACAGACAUAUUAUGAAUAUCUUAGUUGGAAAGUUAUAUGAGAUGUAUCUCUGAUCUUGCUAGCUAUAUAUUAAAUAGUUGUAACUUUAAACAAAUCAUAUUAUUGAAAAUUACACUAAGGAUAUAUAAAGGUGUUUUAAAGACAUGUGUACAGCCUAUACCUACACAUGAAAUAGUGCUUUUAAAGAAAUUGUAAAUGCUUUUUAAGAUCUUUCUGAAAUCUCUUCUAAAUGUAGCUUCCUCCAGUGCACAUGUUCUAAACUGUGAUAUUUGUCAAAUAUUGAACAGAGUAGUAGUUAUUCAAGUCAUACAGUUCAUUAAGGUGCUAGCCAAUUAUUUAGAAUAAGAGCAUUUAAAAGUCAAUGUUUUGAAACAGUAUUAUAUUCAUAGUGUAUGUAAAUGUUCAUGUUUUAUCUUUUAUGUUAUUUAUAAUAUUGUUUUUGCCUGAAAUAGUCUAGAGCAGACAUCCCUGAAACUUCAGAUCUGAAUUGUAAGAGAUUAAGUAACACAUUACUAACAUUUGUUAUACAAAAAGAAUGAGGUAUAGAAAAUGCUCCCUAUGGGUUAAAUCUUAAAUAUUGUCCUCAACAUGCAUAAAAAUAUUUCACAUCAUGUUGGAUUAAAUACAUGUAUAAACCAGUUUCAAACCAUCAUGAAUAUAAUUCCUAAACAACCAAAUAGUUCUGCCAUUUUUUUUUUUAAAUUCCUUUAUCAGAAACUAAUAUGUGCAUUUUAUUGGAAUUGCAUGAAAAGGUUGUUUCUAUGGAGUUUAUUAAUUUUAUGUCUUUAACUCACAAACAAAUUCUUUUAGACUAUUCAGUUAUUGAGUAUCACAGCUAGGUUUACACAUAAUAAACCUCCUUCAAAACAACAAUUAUUACUAUAUUUUGGUCUCAGAAGGGUCGACUUACUCUUGUUAAAGGCUUUGUUAAAACACUCUGCACUUAGAACCAGCUAAUUAUUAUAAUUAAAGCAUUGUAAUACAUACAAUAUGCUGUAGUCUAGUCACCUUAGUUUGAUGUCAUAAUUUUUAAAUUAUGAUCUGUAACUUUUUGUGUAUUAUAUUACAGUUUGAAAAAAAUGCUGAAAGAAAUACACAUUAUGUUGUACUAUGUUAACUUGUGGUUUGAAUUUAAAAUUGCUCAAUAAAAAAUCAUGUAUAUAA